ACAACAAGCAGAAGAUCACAUGAGACCUACCAUCAAUCCUCGACAAGCCUUGGUGAAUGGACGACGCCGACGAGAAUGGAAAAAACGUCCAAUACUCCUUCUGAUUACUAGGCUACAAGACUCGAACCUGUGGUGUCAAAACUUCAAUAAUUGUUACGAGGCAAACCAUGAACUUUCCAUUCGAAGGCAAGAACUUAAACACAGAGUAAGUGCCACCAUAUGUGUUCUGCGCGUUUGUGGGGGAUUCAUCUAUACUACAUCUAAUUGAAGCUUUGGGACUCUAAUAGUCAGUGCUGGAAUGUUACAACCAGAUUUGGAAGUCGUGGCGACCUUGCGGAUAUAGCCGGAAAGGACUGGUUCGAAGGUUCAGAGUUGCCACAAUUCUUAGGAACGAGAUGGAAGUGGUAUAUAACGUCUGCUGAUAUAUCAUCUAGAUUGCAUAGGUCAUCCUUGUCUGUAGCUGGGGAAAUGUUAUUUUCAGAAAGUCAAUCUCCAGAAGAUUCCUCUACGUCUACGCCGCAGAACAACGGUUGCGCAAGCAAUCACUUUCACGACACAAAACCCACGCAAGAUGACUACAAGCCAUAUAUUUCACAGGAUAUCUCCAAUACGAGGAGUAUAUCGUUUGCAAAAUUCUUGGAGUACGUCUUAGGUGUUGCAACAAACUGGCCGGAAUGCAAUACGAAGGUUGUCAGAGAUUUAUGCAAGGACGUACACUACACGCAGCUAUUGAAGAUGUAUGGUGAAGAAAUGAAGAAUGAAACCGAUAGA